AUGAUUAGCCUGAAGCUCUUUCUAGUUAUCUAUUUGUUUGGGGGUAUUACGUUCAUACCACUGGUCAUCUAUACUUUCUUUUACCUUUCACAGAAACUGGAAGUGAUCGAGCAAAAACAGGGUACUGAUGAUGACGGCCUAUUGGUAUCAGGUAUUGACUCAGAAUUUAAAGCAGGGAAAUUGGAAGAAUCAAAGGGCGUGGAGGUAAGGAAAACUGGGUGGAUUACGAUAACAACACGGUACUACUACCACUCGACUGAAUUAAUCAAUAAUGAAGUAGCACUCAAUGACGAUCAAAUUUUACAGAGGUCUCAAUUGAAGAAAAAACAUAGGUUCUUCACCCACUUGAAACAUGGAAACCUGUUUCUGUAUAAAGAAGAAUUACAUGACUCUGAAAUUAUCCAUGCCAUUUCUUUGAAAGAUAUGUUUGUUACGAUCUGGCCAAGAUUAGACCACAAUGAUAAGUCGAUUCUCUCAGAUGCGAGUUUGUUCACUAAGAGGACCUGUAUUUCCAUUAUAAAGAAAAAUUUGCUCACGUUAAAUAAAGCUAACCAAUUGGAGUUCAUUAAUCAAAAUUCUGAAACUACUGAGAAUGAAGUUGCGAAUAUUAUCAACGAUACAAUAACUUCGAAACAAAACCAAUUUUUCCUUUAUUUCGAAAAUAAUAUGGACAAGGAAGACUGGUACUUUGAAUUAGUCAAUGCUUCAAAGAUGAACUUUUCCGAUUCGAGUCGUUUAAAUCCUGUAGUCUCAGCUGAAACUGCACAUUUUACCACAGUAAAUAUGUUAAGUUUGAUCCAAAUGUUGAACUCUACCGAGGGUCAAUUGACAACCAAAUGGUUGAAUGCUUUGAUAGGUAGGUUAUUUUUAUCCUUACAGCAAACUGAUAAAUUAAACCAAAUUAUUUUUGAUAAGAUCUAUAAAAAAUUGACUAAAAUAAAUAAGCCUGGCUUCUUGGAUGAUUUUGUGAUUCAAAAAGUCGAUGUGGGGAAUAGUGCCCCAUUUAUCACAAAUCCACAGUUACAACAGCUUUCAACUAAUGGGGAAACCAAACUUUCACUGGAUUUAUUAUAUUCAGGAGAUCUCAGUUUAAUUAUUUCUACCAAAGUCAAUAUAAAUCUCGGUUCCCAUUUUAAACCAAAGGAAGUUUCCAUUCAAUUAUCAAUCAAAGUGAAAAAACUAGAAGGUAACAUGGUAGUUCUAAUAAAACCACCACCAUCAAAUAGAAUUUGGUACGCUUUCACCACUGAGCCUUUCCUAGAUUUAGAAAUUGAACCAGUCGUCAGUUCAAAUAAAUUAUCCUACAAUGUAAUUACAAAUGCAAUUAAAAGUAAAUUUGCGGAAGCUAUCAAGGAGUCAUUGGUUGUCCCAUAUAUGGACGAUAUUGUUUUCUUUUCCACAGAAGGUGAUCUUUACAGAGGUGGUAUAUGGAAUAGGACAAAUGUUACUGAAAGUAAGUCUGAUGGUGACGUUUCAGAUAAUAUCACCGAAAAGACACAAGACUUAUCCUCGACAGAUACAGAUAGUACAUAUCCUGUUGACAACACCAAAAAUGAAUCGUUUCGAAAAUCAUUUAGAGGAAAUAGUAAAAGAAGUAGUCAAGCUACUAUUAAUUCCGUCGAUUCCAACUCACAAACAAGUGAUUCCUCCACAAAUGGUCCAAAGAAAAGAUAUUUCAAGAAUUCAAUUAAGAAGAUAAACAAAUGGUACAAGGAUAAUGUAAAUAGUACUACGAAUGACAAUGACAAACUCGACGACUCUGAUGACUCUGAUAUUGAUGAAGUAAUUGAACCUAAAAAUACAGGCGCGACUGCUACAGAAGUUGAACAGCCUAGAAUGAUUUCCAACAGAAGAAGUAUACCAAAAAAAAUGUCGUCUAUAUCGUCAUCAGGAAGCGUCAGAGAGAGCAAUGAAUCUGAUCAACCUAAUCCGUUCGUAAAAAUAUCAGAUAAUAAGAAUUUCUAA